GGAGCCGGUGAUGUCACACUCCUUGAAGACAAGGGGGCGGGGCGGGCCUGUGUGUUCUGCAGGGUGAAGUAAGGAGGCUUCUGAUGCGGCUGGUGCUGCUGAGAGCGAUUGGAGCCGGGUGACCUGACUCCUUUAUCGCGGACACAGCGGCUGGAUGCAGAAGGGCGCACGGAGGAGGCACGCGUGAGGCAGGGCAGACAGUCUUCAAAACAGUAGCUGGAUGGGAGUCAAUACUUCUGCUCCUCUGAACAUAAUCAGCAGCAUGUCUGGAAUCAGUUACGCUGACAGAAGCAAAUAAAAGUGGAAGACUUGGUAAGCAGGUUGUGUAUUGCAGACUGAUGUCCAUCUCUCCCUUUGUCUGUGACACGAGUACUAAGAAACUACUAAAAAACCUAUCUCCGUAACAUAUGGUCCAGUGACAGUUUAUUCUCAGAUACAAAGCCCUGACAUCUUUCCUUAAUAUCGACUGCGCUGUUUGGGUUUAGAGCUAAGCUCGCUUCUGAAUCCAUCACGACUCUCGGUGUACCUUCACACACUGCACUAAAGCAUAUGGUGAGCUGCCGGAGGGGCCACUUUGUACCUUUUUGUUCCUGUAAUUGCUCUUAACAGCUAAUUUACGAUACAUAUAGAAGCUUUCUAACUCCUUGGGAAUUGAAAAGAGAAAUUCUACAAACCAUGGGCCUCAGGAUGCAAUUACGCAGAAUAUUACCAAAUUGGAACAGUUCUUAAUGCAACCAUAGUUCUAAUAAAGAUGGAGGUGUUCUAGUUUAUCCCUUCUACUCCUGCUGCUUGCAAAGCAGCGCCACUACAUGAUCACAUGACUCUGGAUAUGGACUCAGUCCUGUCAGACUUUGUUCGGUCCACAGGGGCUGAACCGGGUCUGGCAAGGGACUUGCUCGAAGGAAAAAACUGGGAUCUCACUGCAGCUUUAAGUGAUUAUGAACAACUUCGACAGGUGCACACAGCAAAUUUGCCUCAAGUAUUUAACGAAGGUAAAUACUAUAAGCAGCAGCAGGAGAGAGAAAUCACCCAGCAUGUCAACAAGAUCGAGAAACCAAACCUCCAAAGACAGGAUGACAUUGCUCAAGAAAAGAGACUUUCCAGAGGCAUUUCCCAUGCCAGCUCAGCCAUUGUUUCCCUUGCUCGGCUUCAUGUGGCCAAUGAAUGCAGCAGUGAGCCAUUUCCUCUUGAAAUGCCCAUCUACACAUUCCAACUACCAGACCUCAGUGUGUACAGCGAAGACUUCAGAAGCUUUAUUGAACGGGACUUAAUUGAGCAAUCGACAAUGGUGGCUUUAGAACAGGCAGGGAGAUUAAACUGGUGGUCAACUACAUGCUCAAGUUGCAAACGUCUUCUGCCUUUAGCCACAACUGGAGAUGGAAAUUGCCUUUUACAUGCUGCCUCUUUGGGGAUGUGGGGAUUUCAUGACAGAGAUCUGGUUCUGAGAAAAGCCCUUUAUACCAUGAUGAGGAGUGGAGCUGAAAGGGAAGCACUGAAAAGACGAUGGAGGUGGCAACAGACGCAGCAGAACAAAGAGUCUGGGCUGGUUUACACAGAGGAUGAGUGGGAACGAGAAUGGAACGAACUACUAAAGUUGGCCUCUAGUGAACCACGGACACAUUUUAGCAAGAAUGGAGGCUCUGGUGGUGGAGUUGAUAACGCAGAAGACCCAGUGUAUGAGAGCCUGGAAGAGUUCCAUGUGUUUGUACUGGCCCAUAUUUUAAGGCGACCCAUUGUUGUAGUUGCAGAUACAAUGCUCCGGGACUCAGGGGGAGAAGCCUUUGCACCUAUCCCUUUUGGCGGAAUCUAUUUACCUCUUGAAGUCCCACCCAACAGGUGUCACUGCUCACCCCUGGUCUUGGCCUAUGAUCAAGCCCAUUUCUCAGCACUUGUGUCCAUGGAGCAGAAAGAUCAACAACGCGAGCAAGCGGUGAUCCCUUUAACUGACUCAGAACACAAGCUUCUACCUUUGCACUUUGCAGUUGAUCCCGGGAAGGACUGGGAAUGGGGCAAGGAUGACAAUGAUAACAUCAAGUUAGCCAGUCUGAUCCUGUCUCUGGAGGCCAAACUGAACCUUCUGCACAGCUACAUGAAUGUAACCUGGAUACGCAUCCCUUCAGAAACACGGGCACCCUUGGCCCAACCAGAAUCUCCAACAGCUUCCACAGGAGAAGAUGUGCAGUCACUGGCGGACUCCAUGGACUCUGAUCGAGACUCCAUCUGUAGUAAUUCUAAUGUCAACAAUGGAAAAAAUGGGAAAGAUAAAGAUAAAGAAAAACAAAGAAAGGAGAAGGAAAAGAAUAGAACUGAUUCCGUAGCAAAUAAACUUGGAAGUUUCAGUAAAACACUGGGUAUAAAGUUGAAAAAGAACAUGGGGGGUCUUGGAGGAUUAGUUCAUGGUAAAAUCAGUCGCGCUAAUUCAGGCAAUGGGAAGAACGGGGACUCUACUGACAAAGUUAAAAAGUCAAAAUCUCGGAAGGGGAGCAAAGAGGAAUCAGGACAGUCUGCCAGUACGUCCCCUUCUGAGAAAACAACCCCAUCCCCCACCGAUAAAGCUAGCAUUUCUCCUGUUGAUAAACUUACCAACAGAUCACUUUCAGAUAAGUCUGACCCAUGGAAAUAUAGCACAGAUGUAAAACUCAGCCUUAAUAUAUUGAGAGCAGCCAUGCAGGGGGAACGUAAGUUUAUCUUUGCAGGACUUCUCCUCACCAGUCACCGACAUCAGUUCCACGAGGAAAUGAUUGGUUUCUACUUGACCAGUGCCCAAGAACGUUUCAAUGCUGAGCAAGAGCAGAAAAGGAAGGAGGUUGAGAAGAAAGCUGCUGUCAAUGGAUCAUCGUGUAGAAAGCUAGAUCAAGAUGGUUUUGCAAAAGAUAAGCUGGAUUCCUCACCUCAGGACAGGGCAUCACCAAUCUUGCCUCAAAGCCAUACAACACAGCUUGUUCUAAAACUCAAAGAUCGUUCCAGUCCAACCCCAACAUCCUAUCCCUCACCCAACAAUGGUGCUAAAAAAUGUGGCCCCAUUCCAGUAUCUGCACACUAUAGCCAUACACCACCAGUCCAAAGGCAAAGUGUUAUCCAUUUACAUGAUGUCAACUCCAAGUCGCCAAGCUUCCAAGAUGACCCUUUUAAGCCAACAAUAGGCUCCUUAAAAACUUGUGCUACAUAUCCCCAACAAAACCGGUCAUUAUCUUCGCAAAUUUACAGCCCGGCAAGGUUAUCUGGUAUACGCACAGUGAACACAGUGGAAUCUCUUAAGUAUGAAAAGCCUUCAGAGCAUAAAUCUCAUACAUAUACAAAUGGGUUCAACUCUAGUGAUAUCAGAGACUGCUUGGAAUAUGCUGAUGAGGAAUCCUCUCAGACAUGGUUGAACAAUGACAAAAACAGCAGAGGCAGAAGCACAGGUUGUCCAAUCUAUUCACUCCAUCAGAGCAGGUGUAAAAGAGAGAAUUGUUCUUUUUAUGGGCGCCCUGAGACUGAAAAUUACUGUUCUUACUGCUACAAAGAGGAGUUGAAGCGACGGGAUAGGGAAAGUAAAGUUCACAGGCACUGAAUGGCCCACACCAUAUCUAUCCUUUUAUACAUGCAAAACUUCAAUACUAAACUCACUUUAAUUGUAAUAGAACAAAUUAGCCAAAUUAGAAUAAAGACAGGGAUGAAAUGACGCAUUUGCUUGUUUUGAAACCAAACCAAGCAUUGAUAAUGUGGGUAAUAAUGUAAAGGCAUUUGUCCCUGCUCAUGUUUAUGUGUUACGCUGAAAGGUUGUUUAUAUCACAGUCAGAGUUUGGUUAUCAACUAAGGUGCCUGAAUUUUUUUUCUAUCACUCAGGUAAGUAGAAAGAAACAUUCAAUAUUUCUAAUAUCACUAUUGGCUUUGUGCAGUCAGAGAUGAUCUUUCAUGGUUUUAUUGAUUUCCUAUGUGACACAAGCAGACAUUUCUACUAACUUUUUAGAGCCGGUCACUUCACGUACAUUUUACAUUGAAGGGUUUUUUUUUGUAAUUUGGUUGUAAUUUUUGUGGAUCCUGGCAACAAUGAGGAGAAUAAGAUCUCUUAAAGCGGGAUAACGGCAUGAACCAUUCUAGAUGCAAAAGUCACUAUGAACCCCAUCUAUCUUGAAAAUGUGAUUGCUUGAAUUAGUGUUGCAAGACUAAUUAGGUCAUUAGCAAACAAAAGAGGGCAAUUUAUCUUACUCGAAUAUAAUGCAGCGGUUUCCAUAUUCAUAACUACCAUUGUGUCCUUUAUUGCCCAUAAUGCAAUACUGAUGGAAAACACCAGUGACAUGAUAAACCAUAGCUGAUAUCUGCAUGUUUUUUUUUUUACAAUAUAACUCAUAAACAUUUCAAGGCAACUGGAAUCAUAACAAGAACUAAAGCAGAGGUACGCUGCCAUUAAGUGUGGCAGAUCAACAAUACUUUCUGAACUAGUGAUUGGCUAAGGACUGUGAGAGUUGCAGUUCACAAUGUGGACUAAACAACUUGAGGUCACUUGUAAUUAGGCUAGAUGUUGGAUCACUAAGGCUUAUUAUAUAACAUAGGUGCUAUAAUAUACCAGUGCAGAUGCCAGAAGCAUCCUAUUAGCAACUAGUUUUGAUCCUACUACUACAAGUAAUAAAAGGAAAGCAAAUCCUGAUUAGUUGCUUUGUGUAACUGCAGUGAUAAUAUUUAGCACCUCUUAGUAAAUAAGCCACGAUAUCUUAUUAACCCAUUAAAUGAGAAAUUGCCGGGCACUUAUAGGCUUGAAUCCCCAUUCUGUGCAUUUUCUCGCCACUUUUCUGUGUGCUGUGUACAGGAGAAUAUUGCAUAUAAUUGCUAAGUCAGUAAAAUAUUUAGCAGUAAAGAUCUGUGCCUCCAAAGAUGCCCCUGUAGCUCCCCAUCUUCUGUUUGCUGAUUUAAUGCACAUGCUCUGUGCUGCUGUUACUUAGCUGAGCUUAGGGACUGGCACACAUUAUACUGUGUAAAUACAAUUUUAAUGUCACAGUAUAAUGUACAGAUUAUUGGUACAUAACAUAUCAGAAACCAGCACAGUUAGCAUUUGAAUUUAUUAACCAGCUGCAGAGCACGUGCAGUGUCACUGACACCCUUACCAUAAUCCAAGAUGGCGAGCUCCUGUAACAACUUUGAAGGCCUGGAUCAUUGCUACAGUAGAGAUAUGGAACCUUUAGGCUGGUGCAAUACAUUCAGUAUAUGUAAUACGGUAUUUCCAGCCAUAUAUAGAUUUUUAAGGUUUAAUUCUCCAUUAAAAGAGAAGGAAAGGCACUCUUUACUUUGGGGUGCCAAAUGUUAGGCACCCCAAGUGAUUGUAUUUACUUACCUGAAGCCCUGGGCCGGUGCUCCUAUCAGCACAAAACUGCACCUGCCUGGGGUUAUUCCAGCGAGCACCACAGACUGAUUGGUUUCCAGCUUCUUCAUACUUCACGAGGUUGCGCAUGCGCAGUAGUGGAAGAGCCGAACUUUAACAAAGAAGUCAGCUAUUUCAUUCUACUGCGCAUGUGUCUGCCCCGGGAAAUUUGAAGAAAGACAAUGGCUCCGGUGCUCGCUGAAAGAACCCCUGGACCAGUGCAGUUUUCUGCUGAUAGGAGCACUGGCCUGGGGUGUGAGGUACCUAUAUAUAAUCACUUGGGGGUGCCUAACUUUUGGAACCCCCAAUUAAUACGCCUUUCCUUCUCCUUCUAAGAGUUAGGAAACCUAAAACUUGGUCUGUUGUGCAAAUGACAGCUAAUAAUAAUAAUGACAGAUAAUAAAAGGACUCUAGCAUCACACUCAAACUGUGCACUGGCUGCUAGGCUUAGAGACUAUUCCAAACAAUAGUGAGCUUUCAAUGAAGAGGGAAUAGUAUCUUCAUUUUAUAUGUUCAGUGUCAAAAUCAGCCCAAAUAUUCCUCUAGUCUAGGUAGGUGUAUAUUAGAACCUACUGUGUGCUACAUACCCCCUUUUGUCUUGCUGAGAGCAUCCAUUCAGUGUAAGGUUUUUUUUGCUUUAGAAUGAGCCUAUUGACAAUCACCAGGCAAGACACUUGCUUCUGUACUUUGCUGCUGCUUGAUAUGUUCCAGCCAUACACAUUAUAAACAAUAGCUUAUAAAAAACUUCCUAAAGAAUAGCCUACAUGUAAUAAUAAAUAUCUUAGUUUUCGCGUGUACUGCCAUUUACAUGACGCAUUACAUUCCUUUCCCUUGAAUGGCACAGACAUAUAAGAGUUGUCUCUGUUCAACAAUUAGGAAUCCACUAACAGACGCCGGGCAUUUACCCAGUUAAUACAAUUGGCCCAAGAGAUCACACUUCUUCUGCAAGCACAUGCAAAUAUUUCUAUAGGUCCCUUGAGCGGGGAUCAAUUUGAACACCAAAAGAAGAUGCAUUAUUAAAGUGGUAUCCUUGGACCACAACCAGGUUCAUUCCUAGAAAUGAAAGUGCUUUUUUUGCUUUACAAAAUGUUAACCAAUUAAUUCAAACCAUUUCACUACCCUUCAUUUCCACCUGAUUUUCCCAACCCAUUUAGAUACGAGAUAUCUGCCUUGUGUCUCCUCAGCUGCUGUGAGCUACAGUUCCUACCCUCUGCAGUACCUCUAGCAACAGUUGGAGGGCAGUGUCCUUUCCCCAGACUCGUAUGAAAGAACAAUGAAGGAUCUUAUGCCUGAUUCAGUCUGUGAAUCACUGUUUAGCAGCAGUACCUUGCAUUUUGCAUUUGAAACUUUGGCAUAUUUGCUUUUGUGCAAUGUAAUACAGAAGACUAGCUUGCCAUUUAUUACAGCCAUGUCAGUGUGCCAUAGUUGUAGGCCUACAGGAACUCAUCAAAAGUCUUGUGGUACAUGAUGAAGAAUAUCUAGGUGUAUUUCAACUACAACUCCCAGUGUCCUCACCAGAGGCAAGGAGUUUACAUUUAUCAAUUGCUCAAGCAUUGCAGGGGGAUAAUAUCGAGUUUAACUAAAGCAGACCUGUCCAUUGCAUUUGGGAUGCACCGAAUCCAUGAUUUGGUCCAAUUCCAAGCGUCAAUCGGAAUCCAAAAAAAAUCACGUGACUUUUUUUUUCGUCACAAACAUGGAAUUCAAAAAUUUCUUAACCACAUGUGCACAUGUGGUUUUCUUUCCCACUUCCCCCCUAAUUUACAUAUGCAAAUUAGAGUUUGGAUUUGGUUCAGGUUUCGUCUGAAUCUUUCACAAAGCAUUCUGGAUUUAUAAAAAUCCUAAAAUUGUGGAUUUGGCGCAUCCUUUACUGUAUUGUAUAAAUAUGCUACUCCCACUGAGAUUCAAUCAGGAUACUGGUAAGAAGCUGGUUGGGAGUCUUUCCUGCUUCCAGCUCUAUUCCUGCCCCUCUUUUGGCUCCAGGAAAGCUCACAAAUACUAUGGUUAUAAAUAUGCAUUUUUUGGAGUAGUUAACUGAAUGUCCUCAUACACAAAGUAAAAUAUAUAAUAAUGAAUAUCGAAUGUGUUACUCAUAGCUAAUACGUUAUUUAAUUUGCAAAAUUGAACAUAAAAACGUUGAAGGUCAAAUAUGUGAAUGAAGAGUCCGGAUGUGUCUGCUCUGUUACUAAUCUGAUCCUGUAUAUUAGGAGUUGCUAUGCAAAUCUUUCCUGAUCUGAACUGUCAGCUGUCUGAAGUAACACAAUGCUGUGUUCACUCGAAGUUAAAAAAAAAUUAGAUUUUUUUAAAAUAAAUUUCGGUUGGUCUUUUUUUUUUAUUCGAAUUUCGAGUUGAUGGGAGUUUAAAAAAACUCCCAUCACCUCGAAAUUCGACCCUUGAUAAAUCUGCCCCUAAGUGGUUCUCUAAGGUCCUGUGCCUGUUAUUUAGUGAGUUUUAAAGGCGUUUAAUAUUUGAAUGCUUAGAAAGAUUUGCUUGACGUUCAGUUUCUACAACAAGACAAUAGGGUGAGCGCUGAUAUAGACUGUAUGUAUAGAUUGUAUGAGAAAAAGUCCAUUUCUGAAGGAGGCUGGAAUCGAUUCUUUGCAAGGGCAUAGUCUAGAAAGCAGCUGAAUAAGACUCUAGAGAGUAUGCGUUGCAAUAAGAGUGUUUGAGGUCUGUGAUUUAUUAGAACCAUCUCAGAGGUUUUAUUGCUGGGGACAAAAAUGAAUAUGUCUAUAUCUGUGAAUAAUCAAAGACACAGUGUGAUAUAAUCCUCCCAUUGCAAAUAGGAUUCUAACUGCUGCUCUGUUGCUGUAAAGGGAAAGCAACUGUUUCUGCGUCUGUGACUCCUGUUUCCUGUAGGUGGCGCUGCUGCUUAAAGAAAUGCAUGUUAAUUGCAGGGUGUUUAGCCAGUCACGUAAUGUACAGAACACUAUUCUGAUUCAGCCUGUAAGGUCUCACGUCUUUACAUUCGACAAACAUAUUUAUAUUAGACAAAUCCUUCAAAAACCCUGACCAUGAUUGUAAGUGACUUUUCAGCUUUGACUGGUAGGAUUUACCAAAUGCAGGAAUUUACAAAGCGAAGGCGCGGUUCUGUCUGAUUCACUCUGUACUGACGAACAGAAUAAAUAAAACGCCAAUUUGUUCAUUUGUCAUGGACCCUCCGUUCAUUUGCACAUCACAGAAGUAACUAUAUCGUGAGAAUAAAAAUAAAUCGUAUAUUGUCGAGAAAAAUAUAAGAAAGGUGUUUGUAUGUGUUCUGUUUGUAGAAUAACGGCUGUAUUAUGUUGAUAUUUUACAAGCCAAGUUUAAAUUGUAAUAUAGAAACUUAUUUUUAUAUUAUUUACAAAAUAUGCUAUAGAGCAAUAUUUUGCGCCUUUAUUAUAUACAGGGUCUGUCAUUUUAGUAGGUUAAUCGCAGAGCCGUGGCUAGAAAUAACAAUGACACGGAGAAGCUUUGUAAAACCGUCUAGUAAGUUAUGAAUGCUAUUUAUUGUUAUGCACUCCAAAUGUUUAUUGAAAGUUGAAAUAUAUGAAUGGUUUCUAUUAAA